AUGUCAUCUGUACAUCAAUGUUUUUUAUCGGCGGAGAGGAAUAGUUAUGAAAUAAACAAAUACGUUGCAGAUGAUGUUCCCAGGAAGGUCGAGUACUUUCUACCGACAGAGGUUGCAGUUCACAAUACAGAAAUUGAUUGUUGGAUCUCUUAUAAUGAUAUGGUGUACGAUCUGACUGAUCUUUGUAAAAUUUGGGCGAAUAAAAGAGAGAUCAAACCAAUACUAGCAUACGCUGGUAAAGAUAUAAGUCAUUGGUUCGAUCAUGAGAAAAAUGAUAUUAAAUAUUAUGUACAUCCUGUUACGGGAGUGUUGGUACCGUAUUGCCCUCAUGGACCUAUCCCGGAUGUCUGCGAGGAAGAUUCCAUUAGGCGUAUUCAAGAACGUGCCCUCAUUUAUAACAAAAAUGGAAAGUCUUAUAGGUGGAAAUUCGAAGGGAAGGAUUUGACUCUCGAUUUAACUUUGACAGAAAAUGGUAUUCCGGAUGAACGAGAACGUUUCGCCGCUUGUGGCCUUCCCGACGAUUAUUAUAUUCCAUGUCUUAUGUGUUAUUACAACGAAUAA